AUGCCGCAUCUAAGAUUGAGCAUCGACCCAUAUUCUGAUAUGAUUCUAGCGGAUGGUAUCUCGGUUCUGUGUAAUGAUCUUCAGGUGGAACCCCAAGACAUUGUCACGAAAAGUUCCAUGAGAUAUACAACUUUGCUUUUGGGUGGGCGAAAGAGAAGGGCGUGGAGGUUGUCACUUGGUCUUCUCGUGGCAGCCAGAAUGAACUAUGUAGACAACACAGGAGCUAAGAACCUUUACGUCAUUUCGGUCAAAGGAAUCAAAGAUCGUCUCAAUCGGUUACCUUCUGCUUGUGUUGUUGACAUGGUUAUGGCCACGGUCAAGAAAGGUAAACCGGAUCUCAGAAAAAAGGUUCUUCCUGCUGUGAUGAUUAGGCAGUGUAAGCCAUGGCACGAAAAGACGGUGUUUUCAUGUAUGCUGAAGAUAAUGCGGGAUUCUGCGAUUACUGGACUGAUCGAGAAAGAGUGUGCGGAUCUCUGGCCAAGGAUUGCAAAUGCUGCUAAGUUGACUUAA